GUCGUUCCUUUUUGAACAAACAAGUUAUGGUCAGCUGUUCUUACGGAACAAUGUCUUCAGAUGUCGGCCAUGCAGACACCUGGAACAUGAGUUUUGGACUAAGUCAGCUUGGACUGGAUGAGUCCGUCACAUGUGAGUUUAAUGGGAUGUCCUUCUCAUCAUCAAAAGUCUCAAGGACCUCUAGUGAGGACUUGUAUGGAAGACCUGGAACCAGCAAUGAUGCAACACGUAUGCAAAGUCACCAUCUCUGGAGGAAAGGAAAAGAUUCCAGACAAGUGGCUCCAAAGCCUCCAGAAAGCAGUUUUUCAUAUGCAAAACUUCACAAAGACGUGUCCAGUGCUUUGCAGAACAUAGAGUGUAAAGUGUGUGGUGAUAAGGCAUCUGGGUACCAUUAUGGAGUCCAUGUAUGUGAAGGAUGUAAGGGAUUUUUUCGGAGAACAGUUCACUUAAAGUUGAUGUACAAAUUUUGCAGCUUGAACUGUCGGAUUCACAAAAAGAGCCGGAACAAGUGUCAGUUCUGUCGCUUCAAGAAGUGUGUUUUGGCAGGAAUGUCACACACUGCUAUUCGUUUCGGGCGAAUGCCCCUAGCUGAGAGAGUCAGGCUGAUCUCAGAAUUCCGCACAGAAGUAGGCCAGUUGGACCCAGAGUCGGCGAACUUGCAGGCUCUCACCAAGCACUUAUAUGAUUCCUACCUCAAACACUUCUCUCUGACGAAAAGCAAAGCAAGGGCCAUUCUAUCAGGCAAGGAUAGUGAGCAUACGCCUUUUGUCAUCCAUGAUAUGAAGUCUUUGAUAGCUGGGAAGGAGUUAUUAAACUCCAUACAGGCCCCUGCUGUCCCUAUGCUGACCCCUGAGCCGCUUCCAUCCCAGGAUCUCAGCGGAGAGGUAGAACUUUCCUUCUUCCGUGAAGUCCAGUGCCGUCAGGCUGCAGGGGUCCAGCAGGUCACCAAGUUUGCCAAGAGCAUCCCAGGCUUCAUGAAGUUGGACAUAAAUGACCAAGUGACCAUGCUGAAAUACAGCGUUAUUGAGGUGCUGAUCAUCUGCCUGAUGAACUUCACCAAUAAGGAUGGUGUGCUGAUGGCCUAUGGUGAGAUCUUUGUGACCCGAGAGUUCCUCAAGAGCCUGCGGAAGCCAUUCUGUGACAUGGUGGAGCCCAAAUUUGAGUUUUCAACAAAGUUCAAUGCACUGGAGCUGGAGGACUGCGACCUGGCGCUUUUCAUUGCUGCCAUCAUUCUCUGUGGAGACAGACCCGGUUUGGUGAAUGCAAAAGCUAUUGAGGAGCUGCAGGAUGAGGUUCUGCAAGCUCUGGAGCUCCAGCUGAAGACUCUUCACCCUAAAUCACUCCAUCUCUUUGCCAAACUGCUGCAGAAGAUGACAGACCUCCGGCCCCUGGUGGCCGACCAUAUUCGCAUCAUUCACCUGCUGAAGAAGACUGAGCUGGACAUGUGCCUUCACCCGCUCUUUAAAGAGAUCAUGAAGGAUCUUUACUAGAGAGUCCAUCUGAGGAUGAAAGAAGGAGCUUUUGUCCUUUUUGCUACCAAUGUAAUGCAGCCUAAGCUUCCACAAACAUGUGAACAGGAACCAGGAGAUUUAAACCGCUUGCUUGAGAAUAAAGAAUUUUACCAACAAAAAUGUACUAAAAAAAACUACGGUCACUACUGUGUGUAUAUAUAUAUAUAUAUAU